UCUGUCGCCAAGGUGCAGCGAUGGCGGCGGGAGUUGGGGGGAAGGUUCUGGAAUAUGAGGCGUUCGUCAACGAUGUUCUGAAGAGGGACCUGAAGAAAGUUUUGGAACAGCGUGAUGAAGUGUAUGAGCAGAUUGCCCAGUACCUGCAGCUGAAGAACGUCAUCGAGAGGGUGCAGGAGUCGGAGGAGCAGCGGCUGAAGAUGGAGGUGGACCUGGGCUGUAACUUCUAUGUGCAGGCGAAGGUGCCGGAUGUGUCGAAGAUCUUCCUGUUGGUGGGCUACGGAUUCUACGUGGAGUUGACACUGCCUGAAGCUCUGCGCUUCAUAGAAAAGAAAUCCCAGCACCUCACUGAGGUGGCGGAGAAGCUGAGCAAAGACUCGGCCAAGAUUAAGGGCAACAUCCGCAUGGUGCUGGAGGCUCUGUGUGAACUCCAGGGAAUCAAAGACCUGCCCCCGGAAACCGGGAGGGAAGUCUACUGAUGGAAUCCAGCCACAGGGAGGGAGGGGAAGGAGAUCCCAGCUGGGCAAGCAGACACACAUCCCAAUGCCUGUACCAGGAACUCCCAUGUUUUAUCAGGAGGAGGGUGUGCAGGCAGACUGCUUACGUACCUGUCAUCAGGACAAAGGCCUCGUAUCUUCCCUUCAUCUUGCGCUUGCCUUUCACUGAGAUAUGGACCUCAACUGAGUAAGACCUGGUGCUCACCAGGAUAUAGAACCAACAGGACCUCGGGACAAAAGCUCACUGUUGUUUCCUAACUUGGUGACCAACACCGCACUUAGUUUCGUGAAGGAACACUGGCGAAGGAACCUUACAAUCUAACCCUUUUUCUCACUAACGCAUUGCUUUUUUUUAAACCCAUGCCCCAGGACUGUGUGACGGGACGGUGCAGAGGGAGCUUCACUCUGUGUCUGACCCCGGGAGUGUGUGACGGGACAGUGCAGAGAGAGCUUCACCCUGUGUCUGACCCCGGGAGUGUGUGACGGGACGGUGCGGAGGGAGCUUCACCCUGUGUCUGACCCCGGGAGUGUGUGACGGGACGGUGCGGAGGGAGCUUCACCCUGUGUCUGACCCCGGGAGUGUGUGACGGGACGGUGCGGAGGGAGCUUCACUCUGUGUCUGACCCCAGGAGUGUGUGACGGGACAGUGCAGAGGGAGCUUCACCCUGUGUCUGACCCCGGGAGUGUGUGAUGGGACGGUGCGGAGGGAGCUUCACCCUGUGUCUGACCCCGGGAGUGUGUGACGGGACGGUGCGGAGGGAGCUUCACCCUGUGUUUGACCCCGGGAGUGUGUGACGGGACGGUGCAGAGAGAGCUUCACCCUGUGUCUGACCCCGGGAGUGUGUGACGGGACGGUGCGGAGGGAGCUUCACUCUGUGUCUGACCCCAGGAGUGUGUGACGGGACAGUGCAGAGGGAGCUUCACCCUGUGUCUGACCCCGGGAGUGUGUGAUGGGACGGUGCGGAGGGAGCUUCACCCUGUGUCUGACCCUGGGAGUGUGUGACGGGACGGUGCGGAGGGAGCUUCACCCUGUGUUUGACCCCGGGAGUGUGUGACGGGACGGUGCGGAGGGAGCUUCACUCUGUGUCUGACCCCGGGAGUGUGUGACGGGAUGGUGCGGAGGGAGCUUCACCCUGUGUCUGACCCCGGGAGUGUGUGAUGGGACGGUGCGGAGGGAGCUUCACCCUGUGUCUGACCCUGGGAGUGUGUGACGGGACGGUGCGGAGGGAGCUUCACCCUGUGUCUGACCCUGGGAGUGUGUGACGGGACGGUGCGGAGGGAGCUUCACCCUGUGUUUGACCCCGGGAGUGUGUGACGGGACGGUGCGGAGGGAGCUUCACCCUGUGUUUGACCCCGGGAGUGUGUGACGGGACGGUGCAGAGGGAGCUUCACUCUGUGUCUGACCCCGGGAGUGUGUGACGGGACGGUGCGGAGGGAGCUUCACCCUGUGUCUGACCCCGGGAGUGUGUGACGGGACGGUGCAGAGGGAGCUUCACUCUGUGUCUGACCCCGGGAGUGUGUGAUGGGACGGUGCAGAGGGAGCUUCACUCUGUGUCUGACCCCGGGAGUGUGUGAUGGGACGGUGUAGAGGGAGCCUCACUCUGUGUCUGACCCCGGGAGUGUGCGAUGGGACGGUGCAGAGGGAGCUUCACUCUGUGUCUGACCCCGGGAGUGUGUGAUGGGACGGUGCAGAGGGAGCUUCACUCUGUGUCUGACCCCGGGACUGUGUGAUGAGACAGUAUAGAGGGAGCUUCACUCUUCAUCCAAUCUGCUUUUUACCCUGUGCCUGGAGAUGAAAUGCAAAACGGUAUUUAACUUUAUUUUUUG